AAAAGCAAGUCCUUCUAAUGAGAAAAAAAUUGCUUCCAAAGAUAAAAAUGUAUUUAAAAAAGAGGAAAGAUCUCUCAGUGUAAUACGUCAGGAGUUAAAUUCUAGUAGCAGUGAAGAUGAGGAGGAAAGCCCUAGUAUUACAAAACAGAAGAUUAAUAAAACUAAUAAAAAAAUGAAUGAUGUACGGAGUAAAGUGCAAAAGAAAGGAAGAAGCACCAAAGCUGUGGAUACUAGUGAUUGUGAUUUUGAGCCAUCUAAAGCUAAUAGCUCAAAGAAGAAGUCGGUGGACCGUAGAGUCUUGUCUUCUGAUGAAGAUAAUAGUCCUAAUAAAAUUGGAAACGAUUUCUGGGCUGAAGUCUUUUUAGAAGCAGAAGAAAAGUGGAUCAGUGUGGAUUUAAGGAAAGGCAAAAUCCACUGUAUACAACAGCUUUUUAGAGGAGCGACACAGCCAGUGCGCUACAUAGUGGCAUGGGACGAUGCGGGGGCUUUGAAAGAUGUGACACGCCGAUACGCACCACAGUGGAUGACAGUGACACGGCGCCAGCGGGUGGAUGAAAACUGGUGGCGGGAAACUAUUGCUCCUUACGCGCCGUGUCCCUCACUCAGAGAGAAGGAGGAGGAUGAAGAUCUCGACAGGCAACUUCAUGACAAACCUCUACCAACAACCGUGAGUGAGUAUAAAAACCACCCUUUAUAUGCCCUGCGCCGCCACUUGCUCAAGUUCGAGGCCAUCUAUCCACCUGAUGCGUUACCGAUGGGAUUUGUACGUGGUGAACCAGUGUAUUCGCGUAGCUGUGUCGUCGAUCUGCACACACGCGAAACCUGGAUAAAGGAGGCCAAGCUCGUGCGUCGUAAUGAGGAGCCGUACAAAAUUGUCAAGGCCAGACCUAAGUGGGACAAGGUGAGCCAGACCGUGAUCAACGACUUGCCGCUACCUCUGUUCGGCCAUUGGCAGGUGGAGGAUUACAUCCCACCGCCAGCUGUUGACGGCAAGGUUCCGAGAAAUGAAUACGGCAAUGUAGAGCUCUACAAGCCUUGCAUGCUGCCUGCAGGCACAGUCCACCUUCAAGUGCCUCAACUUGCUCGCGUAGCACGCAAGCUUGGCAUCGACUGUGCACCGGCUGUCGUGGGCUGGGAGUUCAGUGGAGGAGGCAGUCACCCAGUCCUUGAUGGCUUCAUUGUGUGCGAGGAGUUCAAAGAGACUCUGUUGAAUGCUUGGGAUAAGGAAAUGGAUGAGUCUGCCAAGCGAUCCAAAGAAAAGUUGGAAGCCAAGGUCUACGGCAACUGGAAACGGCUUAUCAAGGGGCUGUUGAUAAGGGAACGGCUCAAGACGAAAUACAACUUUGGUGUACCAGUCACUGAGAAGAAAAAGAAACCUAAACCGAGUACCUCAACAUCAUAGCUGAAGCUUUUUACUUUACAUUUAAGUUUUUCUUUUAAGAAUGAAUGAUUUUGAAUCAAAAUAUGUAAAUACACAUAGGUUAAGUACUCUUUUUUAUAUUUGUAUAUAGCAAAUAUUGCUGCAGCAAUAAAGAAAUUGUACCAUGGCUAACAAUAGAUCUAAUCUAUGUCAAAAAUGUAACCUAUUUUCAGAACUCUGCUGAUUCUUUUUGUAUAUUUUUUAUUACAUCACUAGAAUUAUAAGCUCAAAUGAAGUCGUAAAAUAUAAAUACGCAUAGUUGUAUUGUUCAGAAGUGUAGAUUACAAUCAUAAAAUUGUACAUAUUUUUUCUGAUGAUUUAACAAUAAAAUAUCAGAAGGAAUAUCUGUAAAAUAAUGAAUAAAUAUCACAAUAUGACUUUAAUUACUAUUUUAAUAAAUAAAAUGUUAAUAAAUUUUGUUAUUUAAAUUGUAAGUUUGUGUGUAUUUAAAUAGCUUUAAGCAACUUUAGAUAGUUGUAAUUUUGUCACAAAUGUAGAAAUAUAUAAAUAUAGUAUUUUUUAUUUGUAA